AAAGCGUCCAAAAACCAAAAAAGAUUAAAAAAAAAAACAAAUAAAAACAUUUUCACCCGCUUCUGACGGUGAACUCGCCGGAGAGAUGAACAUUCCGGCGAUUUCUUCUUCCUUCCAGUUGAACAAUGCACGUUUCUCCGAUCAUCGCCGCCAUGUUUUCCACGAAAACCUUGACCUCGAAAAACACUUCUUCACCUCCUUCGUCUUCUCUACUCGCUUAGUCUAGAAGUUAUUCCAUACUUCUUCUCUGAAAAUGGAACAAACACGAUAGAGUAGUUGUAUAUAGAGAGUGAGAAUUUUUCAGGGAUUUCUUUUCUACCAUUUUGUCUUUUCUAUUGUUUUUCUUAGCCAUGCCUCCGAUGAAGAUCCAACCUAUUGACAUCGAUUCUCAGAAGCUGAAGGAAGCGGUGGUGGUUCGAAACGACGCCGUCAAGCCGGUUUUGAAGUUGCGGCUUAAGAGGCUGUUCGUGUUCGACCGGCAGUUAUCGAGCGUGUUGAGAAACUCCUCCUCGUCGGAGAAACAAGUCAUCGCCGCGGCCGGCGAAGCUCCUCCUUCCAUCAGAGAGUCGGCCGGGGAAGGAACGGUGACGGAGUUCGAGCCUAGCUCCGUUUGCUUGGCGAAAAUGGUUCAGAGCUUCAUCGAAGACAGCAGCGAGAAGCCGGCAGCAGCGAAAUGCGGCCGCAACCGCUGCAACUGCUUCAACGGCAACAACAACAGCGAUAGCUCCGACGAGGAACUGGACGUGUUCGGUGAAUCAAUCAACUCCGGUUCAUUCGGGGACGCCAGCGACGCUCUCAAGAGUCUGAUUCCUUGCGCUAGUGUUGUGGAGCGAAACCUUUUAGCUGACACAUCGAAGAUCGUUGAGAAGAAUACCAAGGUCUUCAAACGAAAAGACGAUUUGAGAAAGAUCGUUACGGAAAGCCUUGCCUCUCUUGGCUACGAUUCUUCCGUGUGCAAAUCUAAAUGGGAAAAAACCGUAUCAUAUCCCGCUGGUGAAUAUGAAUACAUCGAUGCGAUUGUGGAAGGUGAGAGGUUGAUAAUUGACAUCGAUUUCCGAUCUGAGUUCGAGAUUGCUCGAUCGACGGGGACUUAUAAGGCGAUACUUCAGUCUUUGCCGUACAUCUUCGUCGGAAAAUCCGAUCGUCUCUGUCAGAUCGUCGCCGCCGUGUCGGAGGCGGCGAAGCAGAGCUUGAAGAAGAAAGGUAUGCACGUUCCGCCGUGGAGGAAGGCGGACUACAUGCUCGCCAAGUGGCUCUCCAGUUCCUGCACUAGGGCGAGUCGUCCUCUGCCGCCGACGCCGCCUCCGUCCUCCGCCAUCGAAGACGCCACGAGGAAUCUAAGCGACGGCGCUGCGACUGAGAGUGAGUGUGGCGAGUUUGAACUGAUCUUCGGCGAGAAGACAUCGUCGCCGGAGGCGAAGGCUGUUUCCUGUGAGAAGAGCCUACCGACAAUGGAGACGCCCACGUGGCAGCCGCCGGCGGUGAAAGUGAAGAGUGUUGAGAGAGGAACCAAGGUGGUCACCGGAUUAGCCUCUCUUCUCAGGGAUAAACCAUAGGAGAAAAUUUUGCACCUUUUUCUCCCUUUUUUUUAAUGGUUAAUUAAAAGGAAAAAAGAAAAGUACAAAAAAACAAAACUUGGAUAAGAGCAACAAUUUUUUUUUUCAACAAAUUUUCUCUGUUUUCCCCUUCUGUUUACUUUGCAAAAGAGACUCUUGUAAGAAGCAAUUCUCUGUAAUAAAAGAGCUGAAAAAGAAAAGAAGAGUAAAUAUUUAUUGACAAAAA